UACACAUAUUCGCCAACUGUAAGAUAUUGGCAGAGUGCCUAAGGGUAUGGAAAGCAACUAUGCACAGCAAGGUUUUGUUUUCAUCUUUGUGACAAUCAGUAAACGCUAAAUGCAUAACCUAAACUGUCCUCUAUAAAAUGUCACCCCAUCUUCAAGUUCUGGUGUCUCGUGCAGAGAACUUAACCAAUCUGGAAACGGCCAUAGGAAAGAGUGACCCUUAUGUUGUGUUAUUAUUUCAAGGUGAAAAAAGAAAAACAAACGUUGUCUACGGUAAUCUAAAUCCAGCAUGGGAUGAGAAGUUUGAGUGGAAAAUUAAGAAGAGGGCACAACAGUCUGAUGAGUAUUUGACUAUCACGGUGAAAGAUUACGAACGGUUUGGGAGAAAUAGAUUGAUUGGAGAAACAAGCCUGUUACUUAGAAACGCCAUUGAAGCCUUGCGACCUCUAGAUUAUGAGUUGACUCUUUUUGAUCACCAUCAAAGACCAACAACUGGGACUCUUUAUAUAACGGUGACAUUUCGACAACCACAAGAAGAAAAUGAGGAUAAAAAUGAGGGAGGAAGACCCCCUCUUGAAGAACAACAAGAUGCUAGUCUUACAGAUCCCAAUGUACUUCAGUUUACAAGACAAAGAAUGUCUAUUAGAGAUGGAAUACUUCCCAACAAGAAAAUUAAAUAUCAAAUCCGAGUCAAAGUUAUAGAGGCCAGACAGCUAUUAGGGUCAGACAUUAACCCAGUGUGUCGAAUAUCCCUUCGAGAGCAAGCAAAGCAAACAAGAGCAAAGAAGAAAACAACCAAGCCAUGGUGGAAUGAAAUAUUCUUCUUUCAUGUUGAUUUAACUCCAGUUGAGCUAUUUAGUGAGUCUGUUGACUUUAGAGUGAAUAAUGCUAGGGCUUUGAGAUCAAACCUGCUUAUUGGAUUUUUCAAACUUGAUCUUGGCAUAAUUUAUGAGCAAUCACAGCAUGCUUUUCUGAAUAAGUGGCUGUUACUAGGCAACCCAGAUGAUGCCAUGGCAGGAGCAAUGGGCUACUUGAAAGCAUCUGUUGUAGUACUUGGGCCAGGUGAUGAAUGCCCUAACUUGAAAACACCAGCUAGAAGUGAGGAGGAAGAUGUUGAGAGCAACUUGCUACUGCCAGCUGGAGUGCAGCUGCGGCCAGCAGCUUUCAUUUUUGACAUUUACCAGGGUGAAGACUUACCUAGAAUGGAUAUGGGCUUGCUGGAAUCAGCAAAAAAGAUCAUCAGUGCUGGAGAUGGGAAGAAAGAACUGAUUGAUCCAUAUCUUGUAAUCAGUUUUGCUGGACAUCAGAUUAAAUCCAAAAUAAUGUACUGUGAUGACAACCCUCAUUGGAAUCAGAAGUUGUUGCUUGGAUUUCAGUUUCCCUCAAUGUGUGAAAAUAUUAAGCUUGUAAUUAAAGAUUGGGACAGACUUACUGAAGAUGAUGUUAUUGCAACUGCACAGAUUGCACUUCCAGCAAUUUCUGCUCCUGGGGACACAGGUUUCUUACCUUGCUUUGGACCAAGUUGGGUUAAUUUUUAUGGAUCACCUCGAGAAUACACAGAUCUAGGUACAGAGUAUGAUGAUCUUAACCUAGGCAAAGGAGAAGGUUGUGCAUAUAGAGGGCGUUUACUGCUAUCUCUGCGGACCAACAUUGGUGCAUAUCCUGAUGUGACUUCAUUUUCCAUUGAAAAUGAUGAUGUUCACCGAGUAGAGCCCUUCUGUAGAAGAAGAAAGUAUAGCUUGCAUGCAGCUUUCAUUGAUGCAACUAUGAUUAGUGUAACUGAUACUCCUGUGGAAUUUGAGGUGUCCAUUGGUAACUUUGGCAACAAAUUUGAAUACACCCUAACUCCAAGCCCUUCAACAACUCAACCUACUAAUGCUGUUUUUGAUGGUUGUAGAUAUUACUUUUUGCCAUGGAAAGAAACUAAACCAUGUGUAGUCAUUUCAUCACAUUGGGAAGAUGUUAGCUUUAGAUUGGAAGCCAUGAACAUGUUGACUAAUAUCAUUGAUUCAUUGGAAACCAGACUCAAUAAUAUUAAAAAAGGCUUAGAUGCUGGAAAACCUAUUACAGAAUUGGCAGUCCAGUUUGUAGCCAUGUUGAAUCAGCUGAUCUUUGAUGCAGACAUUGAACUACCUAAACCUGUGCCAGGUCAGCAUAUAGAAAAUGAACUAGAUCGAACAUAUAGAGACCUACGAACAGAUGAGCUUUAUAAACUUCGUCAACAAGCAGGGGAACUUCGAGAAAAAGCUACAGAUUUGGAAGAGGCAUUGCAAGAAGUAGAGAAUUAUGUAAAAAUUCUGAAAAAUUUAGCAACUGAACCACAAAGUAGCAUGCCUGAUGUUAUCAUCUGGAUGCUCAGUGGGAAAAAGAGAGUUGCAUAUUGUCGUAUCCCAGCCAACCAUAUUAUUUUCAAUCCAGAUCCAAGGAAGUGUGGAAAGUGGUGUGGAAAGCUUCAGACAUUAAUAUUGAAGCAUCCUGACUCAAUCCUCAAGAACAGUUUGUGGAAAGUUCCUGGUCUUCUAAGGAUGAAGUUGUGGUUGGGACUAGAAAUAUAUGAUGUUCAUUGGCGAUCUUCUCAAACUGAUGCUGAACUAUCAGUGUUUGCUGAAACGUAUGAAAACCAAGCAUAUGUCCUAGGAAAGUGGACUUCUAGUGGCCCAACUAUGACCCGACAUAGUUGGUCAGAUGUUAAUGGAAUGCUAAAUUUAUCAAAAGAAAUUUUUGUGGCUCCACGUGGCUGGAGAUUUGAAGGGGACUGGUUUGUCAAUCCGGAGCCUAGUAUGCAGUAUGAUGAAGAUGCGGGCCAUCGUUCAUUCUUAGAAGAUGUUUAUGAGAAUCAGAACAGAUUACCAGGAGGUCACUGGGUCUCAGCCCCAACUCCUUGGACAGAUCUACGAGGAGAUCCAAAAACUCCACGAGAUGAUAUUGAAUUACCACCCAACUGGGAAUGGGAUGAUGUCUGGCAGGUAGACCUAAACAGAGCUGUGGAUGAAGAAGGAUGGGAGUACACAGUGGAGGCAACACUUGGAGGUUACCAUCCUGUUGAGAAAACCUUCCAUCUUUGCCGACGGAGACGGUGGGUAAGGCAGCGGAACUACACAAAAGACCGUAUUCAGUCUGCAUUAGAAUCAUCAUCAGAUAUAGAUAAGAUUUCACAGAGCUCUUGCCAUUCGGAUGCAUCAUUGAGCAAUGGCUGGGAAUAUGCACCUUUGUUUAAUAUGAAAUUUCAUUCAAGGCCAAAGAGAAUGGACUUAGUAAGAAGGCGCAGGUGGCAUAGAAAACUUGUGGCUGAGGAUCCUACUGCCCCAUUAGUCUUUAACCUGACAGGAACUGCUAAGCCAAAGGCUAGUACUGUAUGGAAAAAACUGAUGUCAGAAGCAACAGAUUCUUCUCACCAAAAGACUGCUGAAGAAGCUAGGAUGGCUCUACUCAGCUGCCCGCGUUUAUUUUUAGUUUUUAAAUCUGCUCAUAGGUUCCAGUUGAGAACAUACAUUUAUCAAGCAAGAGACCUUGCUGCACUGGACAAAUCAGGUUUUUCUGAUCCAUAUGCCUGCAUCAGUUUCAUGAACCAGAGUCAGAAAACAGAGGUUGUGACUCAGAGUUUGUGUCCAACAUGGGAUCAGACACUUUUGUUUGAAGAAGUGAUCUUCUAUGGGGAUAUAGUGAAUGUGCAGAGGGAGCCUCCUCCUGUUUCUGUGGAGGUCUACGACAGAGAUGCAUUUGGAGAAGAUGAGUUUUUGGGUCGUACAUUAAUCAACCCUGCCGUUCAUUUGAAACCAUCAUCAGCCAAGCCUCCCAGGUUAGCUUGGUAUGAUGUAAUGCAGGGAAAACAAAGUGCAGGGGAAAUUUUGACAUCAUCUGAAUUGUUUUUAGCUGAUAGUGGAGAACUACCAUUUUUUCCUCCAAGACAAGGGGAUUUAUAUGUUAUACCCAGUGGUAUUAGACCAGUUUUGCAGAGAACAGCCAUUGAGGUGCUGUGUUGGGGUAUACGUAACAUGAAAACCUUCGAGUUCAGCCAGAUCAUUAGGCCAUCCAUUCAAUUUGAAUGUGGAGGAAAGGUGAUUGAAUCUAAGACAAUCAGAGAUGCUCGUAUUAAUCCAAACUUUGAAGAACCAGUAUUGUACCUGGAAAUGGUAAGCUUUACUGUUAUUCUCAGAUUUAACUGA